ACGGGACACUAUGUGCCUUACUAUUAUCAUUUACAGGCAUUAGUGAGUGACGUUUUCUUUUAAACACAUCUAAAAGUGUGCUUUACUGAGCAAAUACUCGGGUUCAUUAUGUGAUUGUUUUAAUUGCGUCUUUUUGCGCGCGCUUUUCUGACGUUAUACAGGAUUCUGGGGUUCUAUUCGUGAGGGGGUCAGACGCGCUCGCAAGGCAAGACAGAAACAUUGUGUUGUGGUUUAUUUCAACCGUAACCCUAGAUCGACGUAGAAAUGCAGCAGUCACCUUCGUGGGAGCAGGGACUUCCUGCAAAUAGAAUAAGUCUGCUAGAUAAGUUCAACGUGUCUCUGGUAUAAAACAGGCGUCAUCGUACGCUUGCUGUCAGCGUUUCGCUGCUAUUUCUCUCAGAUGCACUUUCCGUGUGAAUCGGUUUCGCAACAAGCGCAUUCUGCUCGUUAAUUGCUAUGCUUUGUUUGGCGCUUCAUAGUCCGUUCUACCACGCAUGCGCCGUUCUGAUUGUGUACUAGAACGUUUGACUGUGUGUGCUGAUGCGUCGAAUACAUCGGGACGUUUAACUCGCCUCGAUUGCUCCUAAUAAAUUGUAUAGAUUGGCCGAUAAGGGGUACUAGUUAAAAAACCCUUUUGUGAAUACUUUGUACGAGCGUUGUCUUUUCUUAGCACCCCGAUGGAUGCAGCCAACUUUGUAAACAGGGCCAACCCAAUCAUAAUAUUAUCUUCAAAUCGAGAGCAAAAUACGAUAAUACGAAGACUCCGUGAAACAAUAUCGGUAGAAAGUGUGGUUUGUUUUAGACAGGAUUCCGCCUUGUUGUCGCCCGUGAGACACAUUCUAUAGAUGAUUCAGAUACUGCUAAUGGUGUCCAAGUCAAUUGGAUCUUUUGUUGUCGCAUAAAAGGAAAAUAUGUUUCGAGAAAUGUUUUCUCAAGAGAACAGGUGACGGAGGCAAGGCAGAAGUCAACAUUUGUCCACUUUUUAACCUGUGAUAAAAGCUGUGUAAAUUGGAACACCCUAAGAAGGAAAUAUUACCAUUGUGGUUCGUAUAUAUUUUACAUGGUGUAUUAAUUGCUUGAAAAAAAUGAUAUAUUAAUUGGGAUUUUAUUAUACUAAGAUAUUGGCACCGUGGAUUUCUAAGCUAGCAACACAUUUAUGGUGAGUAAUGUGCCAUUAGCAUGAGCGUAAACCCCAAGUGACACGAUUUUAUGUAAUUCAGUUGAUCUGUAGUUGUUGCGAAUAAAUAUUUCUUUGGCUUUUUACGUAAUUUUGUCGAUUGAGAAUAAUCUAUUCGCUCAGAAGUCCUCUCGGAAAAUAUUUGUUUUCACUUGAAACUCUCAAAUUAUAAGCCCAUCCACGUAAUUGUUUUCGGGCACAACAUUACUUAUGUUCUAUGUCAUGUUCAACACCAGGUUUAGGCUCAGUAAACUCAGGGAUAUUUGCGGACGUCGCUAAAGUAAAUACUUGAAGAUCUUAGGAUUUUUGUUGUCGAUAAGCGUGACAGGGACUGAUUUCCUGUUUGCUUCUCUGCCUCGACACCUCGCUAAGCCCGUGUGUGCCUGCUAUCGCGAUCUUUCAGGGACCUGCUCAACGUGUGGCUAGCGACGCGAGCGCGACUGCGAUUGUACAAGGUGUCGUUACGAUUUCAAUCGCCAAUUAACGGGCAAAAAGAAGGUGUGAAAUGCCGAGUUGUACUCAAGUGCAUCCUAUCGUAUUGUUUGCUCCGUCGCCACCUAAACUAGACCGUCGUUUAGACUAGAGCGAAAUUGUUUCUGGCCUUUUUCGGUUUUUAUCUCCUAAUGUCAUGACCCCACGGGAACUACAGGGAAUUUUGCGUUACAUGCAACUGACAAAUAAAUCAAUAUACGCGACGAAGGGAAGUGUACGUCCAGUGCCAGCCUAAACCAUGAUAGCGCGCAAAUGAUUCCCUAGACUGCUGGUCAGUCAAGGGGUGGUGAGCGAUCCAAGGCAAUCUAGUGGUCCUGAGAGAAAGCUCGCCUUUCCUCAGCUGUGCCACAAUAGCCUCUCUUAAAGCUGUUUGUUCAGUAUAUGUCACCAGCCUUAAUUUAUUUUCAGUUCGGGUUCGAGCAAUAUUUCGACAUGAUGUCAUAAGCUAUACAAUUCCUUGGAUUCGGCUUGAGACUGCGUGCCCUACCAGGCAGCCCAAGUUUCCAUGGAAUCCCGCGCUAAGAUACUACGUUCGUUGUAUGCCUAAGGUUACGAUCACUGCUAAGUUAAACACUGUUUCAACACACCACCCGGUUUAAACCCAAUAUCGUGCUAGCGCCGGCGAACGACUCAUUGUUUUGUGUAACUAUAAAAUAUUUGUUUUAGGAAAUAUUAGCGGUCGCGCGGCCGGCAUCGCUAAGCUGGUCAAAGCCAAUAAUAAAAUGGCCGCUACAGUGCGAUAACUUGAGUCAAUCCCUGAGCCCACUCUGUUGGCUUUCUAUAAAUACCACAGCGUUUGUGGUGAUUUGAUGUACACGCAAUGAAUUGAAAGUGUCACUUUGUGACAUGGCUUAUCGGAUUCCCUUAACCAAAUUCACGAAGAGAUGGCCUAUAAAAGCUAUCGUAUUCGGUUAUUGCGGUUGGCUGUUUGCGUUGCCCCUCGCCUCAUUAUCAGCUCAUCGUAUGCAAUUAGUUUUCAGUAAGCAUUAGGCAUUAUGCUUCUUGCUCGCGAUAAUGUCAUCGGCAAAGGUGACUGUAUAUUAUCGAAUAAUUGGUAGCUAAUUUGAAUGGGCGUUCCAACGUUAAGGGCGCUCUUAGGGGGUUGAGUCUAUGUCUUUAGCUGUAAAUGACAAGACUAACAGUACAUCUUGCUGAUAGAAUACAACACACAGCAAGCUUUAUACUAGUUGUGGGAAACAUGUAUAAAAGGGCAAGCAAAGGGCUUCUAGUAAAUUGAACUAGCUAAAUCCAGACUCUGCCUGCCUCAUUUAAAGCUCGUCAGCAUACUGUGCAUUGCUAGGCCUAAAGGUCACAUCAAACAGUCAAUCCAGGCCUUAUGAGUUACUAUUCCAUAAGUCGUGUGUUUUGCGAUAGAUAGUUGACUUGACAUUGUGCUUGCCGCUUCGUCGAAAUGCACAUUACUUAGAUAGUAUCAGUUGUGAGUGAUAGAAUGAAGUCUGUGCUUCUUAAAAGGGGAGGGCAACAACUCUACUUCUAUCGCAAUCUUUCCGACACAAGACGAAAAAAAAGCUUGUUGUAAUUGCAUUAAAUUGCGAUAUCGCUCUACUGCUGUUUUGUCCGUUUAUAAGGACAUUAGAGAGGUCUUAAUUCUCCUGCCUCUUCGCUGACUCUUCGGAAGGCGAUAUUGGUCCGAUAGUAGUCUUCGAAUCGCGCUGUCUCGCACCGAGAAUUUUCAAAUCGAGGGGAAAUCGGUGACCAAAAGGAGUUGUAGUUUGGCGAGUAUGUCCUUACAGGGGUCGAUAAAUGAAUAAGCUCUUAAAGAUCGCCCAAGGGCCCUCCGUUAAGCUAACCCAGCCGUUAACUCUGGCUAAACGAAAGAAGAGCCCAACACAAAAGUCGACUUGACUCUUAGCGCCAAAUCACGUCAAGAGGUCCUUCAAAAGGAAUUCACAGGCUAUUUUACGUAAAGGGGAUGAUUCUUUUUGAGGUUUUAUAAGGCUUUAAAAUUCUCUAGGAACACUCAAAAACCCGGGUAUAAGCUGAUCAUUUAAGGGGGCAGCAAUACACCCAACGGUUCUCUUCACGCUGGAACGUGCGUUGGGGAUGAAGGCGGGAGAUCGCGCGAUUCAGCGCGGGGAUUCAGCUCGUUUAUGGUGACUUUCUCAAAGCCCCAAACCCUUCUUCGUUUAAUCAUUCUCAAAAUCUCUAUAGUGGACACUUCAAGGAAGGCAUGAGCGAGGCAUUGGAGAGCGGUGCAACUCAUAGGUAGGCUGCUAUUAGAAAUGCAUCGUUGGCUUGCGAUAAAACACCAUGUCGCCGGCUAGGCUUAAUGUGUGCACAACGAUGAUUAACGAUGCUUUAGGUAAUGGAUGUUUACCCGAACCAAGCUGUGUUUGUAUGUAGAUGGGAGGCACCGUCGUCUAUUAUUGUAUUAUAUGACGCAGGACGCUUUAUGCCUAUGUCAACCUUAUACAGAAUGCCUGGGAAAUAAAAAAAGGCCAGGCUUAGACUCUAAAAGAGUUUCUAAUAGUCUAUCUCGCACUGUAAGAUGUUCAAAGUUAAGGCAAGCAUCAGACCAUGCCCGCACGCACAUGGUACGCCACGCUAAUCGUUAGUCUGUAGGCAGUUAAAUGGACCGUAUCUUGUAUGUCUGCUAAUUCAAUUUAUGCAUUCUUUAUUUCUUUUGCGUGAGUCCAACCUUUUAUCGUUAAUACAAAACAUUCAGUAGAUUUCCCGCAAGUUUGUAAGCUUUACAUUAAACUAAAACUUGUACUCCGGAGUUUGAGCGAUUUCGAAUCGCAGCGGGGUGCCCUACGCUUUUUUACCUCUGUCGCGUACAAUCCAUAUACAAACAUUAAAUGUGGUUUGCCAAUAACCGCGUACAAGGGAACUAAAGAGGGAUUUAUGCUGUUUACUCAUUCUGUUUAUCACGUUUACUUUACUAACUCAAAGCUGACGAGAAUGUAUUUAAUGGGCGAUCUCUUAUUGACUUAGUGAAGACACAAAGAGUUGCUCGCCUGCUUUCGUAGACAAUAGAGCUUGUGUAAUGCAUACAACAGAACAUAAGCGCUGUGAUCAAAGAUAGCUUGGCCAAUAUAAGACUGUCCCACGUGUAAGCUAGCUUUUAUUUACGUCGCGUUAAAGAAUCUUUUUUCAGUUGUUCAAACACAUUUUUCGCUCAAGUUGAGUGCGAUCGUACGAUCGUCUACAUGCACCGUGGAAAGACAGCUAGAAAAAGCAAAUAAAUUAACGGCUUCUUAAGAAAACAAGAAAUCACCGAACUACUGAGGUAUUGAAUUUUCGGUUGUCACGCUUUUUCAUUUUUCAUUUGAUUGAUGGCCUUUGUAUGCUUUCAAGGCAGCAUGGAAAUCGCUGGAAAUAUUUCCUUUUUAACACCACUUUGAUUAUUUCUUUUGUCUCAAGACUUACAAAUCUAACAAAAUUGUCGUGUUUUUUUUUUCAUAGACUCAAUGCAAAAAGAAUAUUUAUUUUUAGUGGUUGAUACAUUAUAAAGAAGUGUAUUUGUUGGGAUGAUAAAUGAUUCUAAAAUAAUACGGUGAAAAGCCUAAGGCUGUUACUGCGCCUAUUUGGUGCCGAUCAAAUUGUAGCCCUGAAAGCCAUUUCUUAGACGGUCAUUUCCCACUUUCUUCCUUUUUCUAUUUCUGGAUGUUGGCAGUAAUUGUUUCUAGCAUUGUUUAAUGCCAGAGAUUGUGAUUUGUUAAGGGACAGCUUAAAUAUGAUUUUAACUAUGAUGUACCGGGAAAAUAUUGACAGGCGAAAAUAUACGAGCAAUAUGCGAGAUGCUGUGUAGAUCGCUUUUGGCAAAAAAAAAAUUCUUUUUGUCUUGUGAAAGAUCCAUUAAUUCCGAUUUAUUUAACAAAACAGGACCAUUAGAAUUUUGAUCAGUUAAACAAAAUCCGAAAAAUAUUCGGAAAUAUAGGUCUAGAUCGAUUUUUGAGGGAAUUCAAGUGUGUUGAGAUUUUAAAGCCUAUGUUUAGCACUUGCAAGAAAGAAAACAAUAAUUGUUACUGAAUUGAUUUGACUCUCCGAAAAAGUGGACCCGUUGUAUUUUCUCAAAUUACAUUCAUUUAUCAACUUAAAUUUGUUUUAUUCGUAUAUGCAAUACAGUAAUAGUUGAUCCUAUGGCUUUGUAAAUCCAAACCUUUCUAUUGUACUAAGUCUUAUCUGUGGUGUAAUCUAAAAGGCACGCUUAUCCAGCAAAAAAGUCGUUAAGAAAGAAAGUGAACCUUUUAUUAGCCUUUUAUCAACACAAGUGAACGGUGACUAUCUCCAGAGGUUUAUUACGCUCAUUAGAAUGUCCAGAGCUCGUCAGCUGUGGUCUUGGGGACCGAAGGCCUUGUGGUACCUCCCCCUAGAUUGUUGUACUAAUGCUUUCCGGAGUUUAUUGCACUUUGCUGAUAAAUCAUAAAACCAACCUGAUCUUUUCCUAUAUUGUUUCGCUCAUCCCUAAUAUUUCCACCGGAUAAAGAAGUGAGCUCUCACGAUUUGUGCUUUUAGGGAAAAAAACCUUUCGUUUUUAUAUCUCAUAUAUACCCAUUAUAUUUUGUUAUAUAUUUUUACCAUUGAUCGAGUUACCUUCUGUUCUUUCCUUUCGCCUUCAUAAAUCAAUAAGAUAUACAGAGCAUUUAUGUUAGUGGGUACAUGAGAAGGGUCAGACUUUGUUGCCUGUAUUUCCGACAUAAUUUUAUUGCGUUUCUUACGGUUUUUUAAAAUGCUAAAAAAAAAAAAAUGGUAAAAUAUUUCACAAUAUGAUUUUCCUGCGUUCAGUGCGUAAGCUGUUUACUCGAUAUUCUAGUCCGCCAUGCAUGUUGUUCUGUACUUUUUCUUUCGUGAACCUUCUGUUUGCUAUCUCGGGGAUCCGAUAACAUCUUUAUACCUGCAUUUCAUGUUGCGUGAAUGAAAACAACUUUAGAUAUAUUUUUGUUGCAUAAACGUGUUUGUUAAUUAAAAGGAAUAUUUGGGCAUCCAGUAUGUUUCUUUGGUUACUUGUUUAUUCAUUGUAAGCAAUAUUCCUACUUUAAAGGCUUUUACUGUUUUCGGUUAUAACCGAAUAUCUAUUCCUUGGUAGGAUGUCUCUCUAUUAUGAAGGCUAAUUAUAAUAUCAUUCUUACAGCGAUAAAACUAGGGGUUCCUGUAUUAGUUUGAAAAUAGGCAAGGGCGUAAAGACGUGUUUUAUUUUACUAUGAAUUUUUCGCCCCAGCGAUAUUUUUACAAUGACACUUUUUCCGUCCUUAAUGUUUUAAUUUUUUAUACUUCUUUCGGCGGAUCCUUCCUCCUAAUUUGAUUCUAAUAACAAACAUCCAUUCUCCAUUCAUUGCUCAAGGGGCAACACAAUUUCAAUCAUUUUUAUUUUGGUUUUCUUUUUGUGGUACUUCAAUUCUUUUUUCAGACCAUUUUCGUACACAAUGUUAUAAGCAUAACAACCUCACAAGUCCAUAGCUGCAAUAAAAAGGGUCACUUUUUGUGUCAAUAAAAUAAAAUUGCUGAUUUUAUUAAUAAAAGAAUGACUAUUAGAGUAGUUUCCUCUCGGAGUAAGUAUACUGCAGAGCUUAUGUUACUUUCCCCGCCUUCUAAAAAGCCUUAGCUCAAAAGCACUUGAGAGUCUGAGGAAGCUCUUCCCUCAAAUUUGCAUUAAACCUACGUACUCAGAAAAUGUCCAUAUACACGUAUCAGGGUAUUCGUUUUCUUACAGGAAAGGCGCGCAAAUACUAUUUAAGGUUUGGAAUUUCGUAUGUGUCGGAUAGGAUGCAUGUUCUGUGUUAUUUCAAAGGGGAUUGCCUUUGGUGAUCCGAUUACCUGAUAAUCGCUAAAAAAUAUGUGUCGUAUUUCGUCGAAAAGGUUGGAAAUCUGUUUUAUAACCUAUUCGCGGCGUCAGUAGGCAACCUUUGGCUGGGAAAUGUUUGUGCGUGUGGCCUGAGAUAGCCACUACAUAUAGUGCGGACGUGCAUAACGCUUACACCGUAUUUCGCAACGAGGUCAAACUACCAAAAGGCCACCGUAAAAGCGUUUCUCUCCCAUCUAUCACGUUGUUUUACUAAACGCGACUUAAAAUCGAGUCUUAUCAGCAAAGAUCCAACUAUUCAGUUUCACGACAUCUUUAUCAUCAUUGCACAUAAGUUAAAGUGAGAAAAUUAAGGGAUUAUGUAGGAAAACAUACGCUUGUGCCAACUAUCUUUUCUUGAGGAUAAUACUUCGACUCGAGAACGCCUUUUUAACCCACUUAAAGUAACUAGAAGAAGAAGACUUUCUUGUGAGAUAUGGGGAAUCGAGAUAGGAGUGGGGAUCGAGUUCGUUCUUUGAAAGCUUCACGUCAGUCAAACAAAGAGUAAUAAAUCCAAUAUUUUUUCACCAUAUCGGUAUUAGGUGACAAGGUAGUAUUUUCAGUAGAUUUAUUUUUCUGUUCAAAUCUCUUUUAAGAUUGCAAUCUUAAUCAGGUCCUUGUGAUGUCUUUUGUCUCGCUGUUCCUGAGGAACUGAAGUUAUCGUGCCUAUCUGGGGAGCUUUCGAAAUCCAGUAGGAAAAAAGUGACCGAAGUACAGCCACACGGGGCCGUUCUAAGUGCUUUUCAAGGCCUCCCACUUGCCUUAAAUUUGUACUUCAUUAGGAAAAGAGGGAAAUCCUUGUUGCUUUAAAUAAGUGCAUUUAGACCAGCUUUCUGUUAGCCAAAACAUGUCCAAACGUAAUAAAUGAGUCUUCGGCCUGUCAGUAAAAGAGGUCGGACUAAAUUUGGCUAUCCACAAUUGAGAGAAAUAUCAAAUGUAUAUAUUUUUUCUUCUCAUAUCGUAUGAACCUAAGAUGGUUUGACUUUUUACCAAAGUAAAAGUUUACUGAAGAAGAUGAACUCACAUUCUUUUUAUUAAUCCUUGAAGAUCUCCAAUAUUGGGUUCUACGGUUUCAGAAACCACAUGACGAAAGAAUAAAUGAAAGAAGUAUACUUUCAAUAGCCUUUUCAUAUAUUUGCUUUAUCAUGUUUUAUUGGUUUUCUAACGAUCCAUUAUUUGACUGCCGGAACGCUUUGAGGUUAAAAUAAAAAUGAAUUCGCGAUUCUCUUUUCUCCCUGCUAAGUACUGAGAUAACGUUCCUUAUUCUUGUUCUUCUGAUGAGAAUAUUACUCGACCAAAGGACCAUAUUGCGGUAAUCAAUGCAAACUAUAGUCAUCAUUAGGAGCAUUACCAGUAUUAGUAUUUGGUCAAAAUAGAAAUUAUGUAUAUGUGUUUCAUAGGUUUUGUUAAUUGAUUGUCGCUUACCUUUGAACUCAAACAAAUAAAACAAGCUGAUCACCAUGGUCGAGUCGCAAACUUAACGAAAUAUUCUUGUUGCAUUGUGCCACACCCUAUUAGACAAUAGUAAAAACAUUAGAGUUUGAUAUCCUUUAAUUAUUUUCUACUCUGCUUCAACAAAAAAGACCGAUUCCGCUAUUUUUACUAAUGGCACAUUAAAGACCAUGGUCUGUUUUUUAAUAGCAAAACGAAAAAAUAUAUUUUUCAUAAAAAAAUCACCGAGCUAUUAUAGGAACCCUUAAGUUUCUUGACCCAUUUCCCAUGGGAGUUAAAAACACUACACUAUGUGUUUUUUUUUUCAGCAAAGUCUUUCAGGAUAAUCGUUCUGCUGCCGAGACACAAAAAGAAUUAAAAAAGAUUGAUCUGGUCUAGAAUCCAACAUAAACCCUGUUAACACCUUAAAAGCCUUCUUUGUAUCCACUCUAAUCACUGGAGAUCCCAUAUCCCAGUCAAAAAGUUAUAAGUAUUGUGAAUAACUGCUUUUCAGUAAUUGAUAUCAAUUUGUUUAGCAUUACGCAUCUUACAAGAUUGACUUUUUAAUACGCAGCCCUGAAAGGAAACUAAUGUAAGGUUUAACUUCAAGCUGAAUCCUUUCAUUAUUUAUUAGCGUUUCCCCCAAGGCCCAGCUCAGGGAAUUUGGAGAGUUUAAGUAAAGAGCACUUGAAGAGAAUGGACUUGAAAUGGCAAAUGCAGCGCCGAUCCCCUCCCAUCAUUAUAUUGGUUGUGGUGACAUUGAUAACCUUUUUAAAACAGGCUUGUUUUUAUCCCUUAAUCAGCCCAACUUUUUAAAUGGAAGUAAAGAAAAAGUGUUUCUUAGUGUUUUUUUUUUUUUUUGCCUCGGGAUGCUCUUUUGUAGAGUCAUUGGUAUCACGCGUCUGCUCAUCUUAAAGCUUUCGCUUUGGUUGAGAAGCACAGUCUGGUCAAGGCUCUAAAACACAUGCUGCAAACAUAAGGUUCUUUUUUAUCAGCGUUAAGCAAAAACACCUAAGGAUGCACGCUCAGUUGGACGCUGAUUAUUUUUGUACAUUGUCAUUCACUUGGAACCCAAGCCCAGCAUGGCAAGGGGGAGAUGCAGACCUAUCAAAAACGCGCGCUUUUUGGAAAUAGUCGUUUGCCGAUCUAGUAGAUAGUCAAUUAAAUGUUAAGCGGUAAUAGUGUUUUUUUUAGAGCAAGGUUAAGCUGGAUCUCGCAUCACUGACGCUAGCGUCCUAAGUCGACACUAGGAGCAUGCUAGUAAUCUUUGGUGUAUUUUAUUAAUUGACUUGUGUACUGUUGCAUUACUAAGGGCUGAACGCUGGCUGACACCAGCAUUUGAACAGCGUGCAACUACGGCUUCAAAGCGGAAACUCCACUUGACGGCUUAUUUCCUGAACGAUAUAACUCCAGAUAGCGGGAAAAUAGAAUAGAAAAGUGAGACAUCGAAGAGAAAAGUACAAGCGGGGUGCUUACAAAUCUCUUUUGUUAACAUCAAUUAGUUGCUUCUCAAGAAAAGCUUUUAAGAAGUGUAUGGUAUUAGUUUUUAAUGGGUUUCUCUCUAAACUCCUUUUCGUCAUUCAAAUAGCCUUAAAUCUUAACAUAGAUUUUUAACAAGAACACUUCACACGAAGAACGAAAAAAGAAGGGGAUAAACGAUGUCGGCUCAGAACUGAAUCUGCGUGACAUGGCGUAUCUUGACCGUAGAAUCUUGAGCGUACGAGUUUUUGCGCUGGUCGAGCGAAGCCCCCUACAGUGCUUCCAGCAUAUCUUAUCACAUAAAUAGCACACAUUGAACUAUUAGAUACGGCCCUUGGUUCUUUUCAAACGUAUUUGCCUUUUACUUUUCACAAUACAAGUAGAUUAAAAAGUUGGGAGGGGGGAUUAAGUAGACCCCUAGAUUACAGCUAAAAGAGGCACGUUUACAAAGUUUUAGCGAGUUUGACUUGAAAGAGAACAUAAGAUACUAGAUCAGUCUUAUCAUCAGUUGACAAUGGCUAUCGCUCUCCAUUUCUAUAAGCAAGCAGUAGACUAAUUCUGCAAACUAAAAUACCUCCCGACAAAUGAUUGCUUAUUCAACCUCUGUUCUAACAAGGAAUUACCAAAUCCUUGAAAUCUACCUUUGUAACCGGUAAAGAAAUGUCUGAAUGAAUGCAAAUCACACCUUUAAUACAAUGUUUAUCCUUUAAGGCGUUAAUGUUGUAUAAUAUUUGUUAUUUGGGGAUCUAACAGUACUAAUUCAUAACUAAUUGAGAACACCUGAGCUAGAUUACGAAACUUCAUGAACUUGGUUGUGAUAAAGCCGAUAAGGUUUGAGUUUGGGUGCUAUUUCUUGCGCUUUUUUAUCAUCGUCGCUAUGAAAGAAAAGAGAAACGACACCUGGUUGUUCUCAAGAACUCAUUGCCUGAAGGCGAAAACAUAAAACGGCAAAGAAUUGCAUUCCUUGUUAUUUCCUUUUAUUUUACACUCAUUUCUAUUCAUGACAGCUAUCCUGUUUUCGAGAGAAAACAUGUUUAAAUAGUAGUGAAAGGAAAAAAAAUAUUGUAAUGCACUUGGCUUAUUCCUUUUAUUUCUUUUCAGGUUCUAACUUGCUAACGUUAGUUACUGCCUACGGUACUUUAUUGUUUGUCUUUUGGAACACAAGGCGACGCUUACGACGUGGGCUGUAUUAAGCAAAAUGGUUUGUUUUGGAAACGAGCUAAGGGGCGUGCUUGAAAGUAAUAAUCAUUCUGAAGAACUCUUUUGAGACAUCAACUCGAAAUUUCAACAAAACCACUUCAAUCUACUAGUAUUUAAGUCUUGACCGUUCAAAAAAGUUUUUCUUUCCAUUUUAUUCGGCUAAGGAAUUUUCCGUUUGGUUUUGAAGGUGGGAACACAAGCGUAUCCGUCUAUCUCUGAUGGCUGUGAAUUUCCCUUGGAAGCGAGCCCUGCUUUAGGUGAAGUGAUCAGACGAAGAUAACACAAUCCGGAAAUGGCUACCUCACGGCCGUCUGUUCGUUUACCUUGCUUUCCAUAUCAGAUCACUAUUUUCAAUCAAUAUCAAUUCUAGGAACAUCUUUAAACCAUCUGCGACGUUGGUACGAGUUAGUAAAAAACAUAUACGUUUGGCCGUGCUCGCUUGUUAUCUCGCUUCUUGGCAACUAGUCUCAUGGCAACAUUCAAUGGGAAAUGUUUUUAGUAGUUGUCGUACCUUUUUGCACUUAACCUCAGACAGGAGACGGAUUAAGUUUGGGAUUAGAGAGCUAGGUUCAAUGCUAAAAUUGCUCGAAUUCAUUCAUUGUAGAAGGUAAUUUCUGCGCAUUUAUUCAUGACCUAGUUUCUGAAUUCUCACGAUCUUAUCUUGAACGCGGUAUUGACCAAAAGAGAGCACUACACCAUUUAAUGUUACAAAGGCAGCUAUUUUGAUAUGGAAUAAAGAGAUGCUGAGGUAGAUAGACGCGUUUUGAUGCUAUUUCCCCGAGACCCGUGUCAGGACAUGGGCUGCUAUGUAGACUACGCUCCUAAUCCCUUUGAUGGCUUCCUAUCACUCAAGCACAUUAUUUUUGGCACAUGAGCUCGUUGAAAUUCUGUCGCGCUUUUGACAGAAUGGUGAGAGAAAGUGGUAAUUUAGGUGAAUUUUUCGCCGAGUUUAGUAUCUUUUUCCCCCGCUUUGCCAACAUUGAUUGACACAUAAGCUUUAGCCCAUUAGUAAGCGUCAACCAUGUGUGAUAAUUUUGUCAGCAACUUAUUUAAGCUGUCAGCUUGACAGACCUGUGCAGGUUUCAAAGUGCUUUGACGUUUGAAACCUCAAUAUCAAGCGCGCGUUGGCAAACGGAGUUAAUUCUUCCGAUAGUAUCAGCACCGCAACUUUAAUCAGCCAUAUUCCUUUCGUUCUACAGUCAAAGUUUGAUAAACUAUUCGUUGUGAAACGACUAUACGACGAAGUAGCCAUUUUUACUUAACUCGCUUUUCGUGACUCUUAGAAUACUGAGCCGGUGGUAAUUGUUCUGCGGAUUAUUGUGUAUCUGUCUACUUAUCAUUAAUCUUGUUAAAAUUAAGCAAUACUUAGAUGGCGUGCACUAUUCCCUAAUGACUUUUUUAUGAAGGCAGUAAUUCAAAGAUGUUUUUUUUAGCAAUGUCUAGGUUUUGUGCGCGCAGAAAAAAAUGAGAAGACAUAAUGCACGAGGGAAUAAUCGUUCCAUAGUGAACCCACCUUAAACUGAAAGACUAUUACUUAUCAUGUAGCCCACACACCAUAGAACACGUUGUCAAGCGACGGCCCGGACGUAUCUAGUUGAAACACGGUUUGUAAUGGAUUGUGUUGAAUAGCCUCUCACUCCGUUCCAAGUGCCGUCUAUAAAGGCAACUCCUUAGCAUUUCCUUAAAGCGAUUUUAGGAAAUAAGUAUUACUUGUUCAACGGCUUCAACUGCUUGUUAAUUAAAUAAACUCGGAAAGAACUUACAAGGGAAGUCAAGUGAGAGGUUUAUAGUUUACUUGAAUAGCUUCUCAGAGCUCUAACAAUCGCUGAAGCGGUUUGAGAGGCUUUCUUAGAAGGAAUUAAAUAAAGAAGGGCUGUCUGUAAUAGCAGACGGUCCCACUUGAAAGCAAGAAGAUGUCCAAGAUGGCCGCUGGUCGUCCUUCACGGAUAUCACAAAUAAAACAACAAGUAAAUCUUAUAAUUUACUGACACCUCAACAAAUGUACUAUGAAAAUUAUUUUCAACGCAUUAUCUUCAUUCAGUAAAGGAUAGUUUGUUUGUACGUCGGUGUAAGUGUCCGCUCGCGCCAUUUUGGAGUUGUCUUCAUGUAGAAAUGUCAGCUGUGAAAGUACUUAUUUUGUCUCGAUGUUGUCAAUUCUGAGACUUCUCAUUACGUGCAUGCACUUGAGAAUAAAUGAAAUGAUACUGGUGUUAGCUUUUGUUUUCUCGUUGAAAAUAAUUAGAGGACUAGAAAGGGGAGAUUGUGCAUGAAUGGACCACCGAUUACCCCCGGCUGGAGUCCAGCAAUUAGUUGAAUACUAGCUUAGAUUGCUACAGGCGAACAAACAUUAUGUGCGAACAGUACUCAAAAGCUAUAAACAACAAUAAAUCACUUGAGCUAAACACUAUCACUGAAAGAUUCCGCUACUUUUAAGAGCUUGGGAAAUAGAAACACACAAUGAUUGCCUGUAGCGACUUGCUGUUCUUCAGAUAUAAAUGGAUGGUGUGAGGAAACGGAAUGGUACUUGAUAUAACGAGCACUUCAAAAGGUCUUUUACUCAUGCGAAAUGUUUAUCAUUCGGUCACCUAAAGGCAGGCAUUUAUCAUGUGGAUGACUGUGAGCACUCGUGCCAUCUCCUGACUAGGUAGCAAUUUUCUUUGGGCUAUUCAAGCACUCAUAAUUUUCUCAUCCAUCUUUGCAUCAUUAUACCUCCUGUCUGGUAUAAUCUCCUGGCGAUUCCGAACAACUUUCUAUUAGUAGAACGCUCCAUCAUGUGACAAAGAAAUAGGAGUCAUUUAUUACAUGGCGUUUUCUGUUGUGCAUGGAAGUUUUUUUCUAAAUGCCCAAAGACGUAAUUAAUCAUUAUCUUAUACAGGGGUAUUAGUGGUACGGUCUUGUCUAGCAGUUUGACCAUGAAGCGACAGUCAACCCUUAAUUAAAACGGACAAACCAAAAACGGCAUUUGAUAAGAGCUCUUCUUUUCAAGUCUGUACCCUUAUUCUAAAUAUUGGGAUAUUCACGUCUAACGAAUCUAGAGGGAAAAUAUGCAAUACAUUUAGUGCCUGUCCAAUAUCCAGGCAUGAAGUGGUCUUGGCGUAAUUAUUCCUCGGAUCAUUCAGAUUUAAUCUAACAUUGUGUAAGUCCAACUAUUGUAAGAUAGGAUAGUGCACCUUUGUAGUGGAAGCAAUAUUUUCUAUGAACAUCACGACAAGAACAAAGCUUAGGGAUACGCCCAUUUGAAAGUAAAAUCAUCACACCAAAUCCUGUAUGUAUUUCGCUGGGCUGACACUAUUUCAAUCCCACAAUAAAGACGGAUUUUGUAUGGGUCAUUGGCUCCUGUCUAAAUAAUCCUCGGAACUAUUUCUUUAAAAAUUAAACAUGUAUAUAAACUACGGUUGUCGAUAUCAAAAAUAUGUCUUAAAACAAAGGCUACAUUUUUUAUCUGUCUCUCCUAAUACGAUGAAUGCAGUAAUACGUUUAUGAAUUUUUGGAGAUAAAGCGAAGUUCUCUAAACAUACCCAUAACAAACCUAAUAAAUACCUGAGAUAAAUUCUUUUGACCCCCUCGAACGAUCUUUUUUCUUACUGUUGGUAUUUAUCCUUUUAUUUAACUUUAUCUCUUUAAGAUACUUUUAUAUCUUAUUUUGUAUUGCUACAGGCGUUGUUAAGAGCACGCUAGGUUUUGGGGGUAGCCCAGGUCUUGGGGCGGAAUCUUGACUAUGUACAUGUGGAUAUUGUAGCAUUCCCCCGACGCCAAAUUUUCGUCUGGUGAUUUUUAAAAGCUCGUGCUCAAGAGGGCCUGCCAGCAAAGAAAGAAACAAACCAGACCGGAGCUUGACCCCGGGGCUGCGAGAUAUGACCAAUAAAAUACGUAUUUGUGGGAUGGAACCGUGAUAACUUUAAGGUUUUUUCUAACUGGCUACCCAGGCCUAAAGAGAAAGUAGAAACGACCUUCCUUUUUUGGUUAUUUAAUGUGAUAUAACCUGAAAAGUUAAUUAUACAAUCCUCUUACUCAUACAGCGAGGGGGUAACGACCCCCCUGUGACGUAGCCAAGGCCAAGGGGGCCCGGGCUCCCGUUCUAGCAGCCAAAAAAGUAAAUGUAUGAGACAUUAUAACACAGGAGAAAAUGCCUUGAAAGGGCCUUUUCGGCCCCUUCUUGUUAAAAAACGUGCCCUACGCCGUUGACUAACUUCAGCUCAGUGUUUCACAUGUCCAUGUCAUAAGAUUGGUAUAUCAUUUAAAUGUCGAUCGGACACAUUCGCACCCGCUACACUAUCCGCGCACACCUUCAACUUUAUGCUUCAGUGAAACCUAGACCAAAUCGUAGGGCGUGUACACUCAAACUAAAGACUAAUAUAGGCAAAGCUGCCAAUUCACCCGUAUUGGGUGGGUGUCACAACAUUUUUAAAUUGUUAAAAAAUUUUAUUUAACACUUCCAAAUUGCGUGAAAUAAAAUGACGUGUUUGGAACCAUAACUUGCCUUGGCGAUGACAUUAUACCGAAUCCAACCACUCUUUCUUGAAGUUCAAGACAGGGUGGGGCUCUAGACAAUUAUAAAGCUGAAGCACUGAAAAGAAUCAUUAGGAGUUUGCAUUGACAGAGAGAUCCCACGCCGUGUGAAAUUAUUUCCUUUCAUUCCGCGUUGCGUAAACCCAUACUUCUCUCGGACUUCCCCCCUUACCAUUAACUAAGUCACUCUGAGUACAAAAAAGCGUAGACAUACAUUUCGUUCUAGAACUAUUGCGAGAGUAAUUGCCUCUUUGUGAAUUAGAUUGAAGUGGUAAUUUGUCCAAGAGGGCGCUCAGUUAAAUCUUAGCUCUGGAGUAAGCACUUAAUCGCAGAGCAAGGGCAGGAGGAGCGAUUGCUUCAAGUGAUUCUAAGGCAACAAAGAUGCAAAUAUUACAUACUUGACGGAGAGAGUGUCUCUCGAGCAUCUGAAUAACAGAAAAGAGGUAUCUGUAACGAAUGUACUUGGGCUAGAGAGCGUGAACUUUACUGUUAUAUUGACGCCACGAGAGCAGAAAAGUGUAGAUAUAAAGUGGGGAGACUCAUGGGUUUAAUACAAAAGACGUGCUAAAUGUGGCUUAUGCUUAGUGUGCAAUACACCUUACCUUGAAGGUAAGAGACCAAAGAAGUUGAAAUCAGUGGUACAGAAGAGCUACUACAUGAAAAAAUAAUUACUGCCUUAUAGGCCAAAUGAAAUGGGAUAUUAUCGAUAUUACUAAAUAGAUAAUAUCUUUGUAUUUAUUUUAGAUUUUUGUUGUUAACGAUUUUAUUGUUCUUAACGAUUAUGGCGAAGAGCAUGUUUUCCAGCCAUUUUACUUAUUUUUAGAUUCCUUGAAUCUUGAGAAAUUACAAACACUAAAUAGAGUUAGGGGUGAUAAAUUUAGCUCGUCUGAUCGAGUAGUAUACGUACGAUAAUUAGUAGUGGGAAUCGUCUGUAGAAAGUCUAGACCAGUCGAAAGAUAGAGAUAAGAGGAUCAACUCGACCUGCUCAAUAGGUUGUGGUAGGAGAGUGUUCAAGCACGCUAUGUGGUGAUCAAGUGAACUGACGGGCUUUGGGACAUUUUGUAAUCCAUUAUAUAGACAGUUAUAAUCAAUGCAGUUGGUGUAUAUGAUAUUUUUAUCUAUGUAGGGUGUGAAAGGUACUCGGUCAGCUACUCAGGUGUCUUUGGUAGUGAUUCGUUCUUCUACCAACAGUAGUGGUUUAUCUAUCAAGGGUGUCUACGGUAGUGGUUUAUCUAUCAAGGGUGUCAACGGUAGUGGUUUAUCUAUCUAGGGUGUCUACGGUAGUGGUUUAUCUAUCUAGGGUGUCUACGGUAGUGGUUUAUCUAUCAAGGGUGUCAACGGUAAUGGUUUAUCUAUCUAGGGUGUCUACGGUAGUGGUUUAUCUAUCUAGGGUGUCUACGGUAGUGGUUUAUCUAUCUAGGGUGUCUACGGUAGUGGUUUAUCUAUCAAGGGUGUCAACGGUAAUGGUUUAUCUAUCUAGGGUGUCUACGGUAGUGGUUUAUCUAUCUAGGGUGUCUACGGUAGUGGUUUAUCUAUCUAGGGUGUCUACGGUAGUGGUUUAUCUAUCAAGGGUGUCUACGGUAGUGGUUUAUCUAUCAAGGGUGUCAACGGUAGUGGUUUAUCUAUCAAGGGUGUCAACGGUAGUGGUUUAUCUAUCAAGGGUGUCUACGGUAGUGGUUCUUCUACUAGGGUGUCUACGGUAGUGGUUUAUCUAUCUAGGGUGUCUACAGUAGUGGUUUAUCUAUCAAGGGUGUCUACAGUAGUGGUUCUUCUACUAGGGUGUCUACGGUAGUGGUUUAUCUAUCUAGGGUGUCUACGGUAGUUGUUUAUCUAUCUAGGGUGUCUACGGUAGUGGUUUAUCUAUCUAGGGUGUCUACAGUAGUGGUUCUUCUACUAGGGUGUCUACGGUAGUGGUUUAUCUAUCUAGGGUGUCUACGGUAGUGGUUUAUCUAUCUAGGGUGUCUACUGUAGUGGUUUAUCUAUCUAGGGUGUCUACGGUAGUGGUUUAUCUAUCUAGGGUGUCUACGGUAGUGGUUUAUCUAUCAAGGGUGUCUACGGUAGUGGUUUAUCUACUUAGGGUGUCUACGGUAGUGGUUUAUCUAUCUAGGGUGUCUACGGUAGUGGUUUAUCUAUCAAGGGUGUCUACGGUAGUGGUUUAUCUAUCAAGGGUGUCUACGGUAGUGGUUUAUCUAUCAAGGGUGUCAGCGGUAGUGGUUUAUCUAUCUAGGGUGUCUACGGUAGUGGUUUAUCUAUCAAGGGUGUCUACGGUAGUGGUUUAUCUACUUAGGGUGUCUACGGUAGUGGUUUAUCUAUCUAGGGUGUCUACGGUAGUGGUUUAUCUAUCAAGGGUGUCUACGGUAGUGGUUUAUCUACCUAGGGUGUCUACGGUAGUGGUUUAUCUACCUAGGGUGUCUACGGUAGUGUUUUACCUAUCUAGGGUGUCUACGGUAGCAGUUCUUCUACUAGGGUGUCUACGGUAGUUGUUUAUCUAUCUAGGGUGUCUACGGUAGUUGUUUAUCUAUCAAGGGUGUCUACGGUAGUGGUUUAUCUAUCUAGGGUGUCUACGGUAGUGGUUCUUCUACUAGGGUGUCUACGGUAGUGGUUUAUCUAUCAAGGGUGUCUACGGUAGUGGUUUAUCUAUCUAGGGUGUCUACGGUAGUGGUUUAUCUAUCUAGGGUGUCUACGGUAGUUGUUUAUCUAUCUAGGGUGUCUACGGUAGUUGUUUAUCUAUCAAGGGUGUCUACGGUAGUGGUUUAUCUAUCUAGGGUGUCUACGGUAGUGGUUCUUCUACUAGGGUGUCUACGGUAGUGGUUUAUCUAUCAAGGGUGUCUACGGUAGUGGUUUAUCUAUCAAGGGUGUCUACGGUAGUGGUUUAUCUAUCUAGGGUGUCUACGGUAGUGGUUUAUCUAUCUAGUGUGUCUACGGUAGUUGUUUAUCUAUCUAGGGUGUCUACGGUAGUGGUUCUUCUAUCUAGGGUGUCUACGGUAGCAGUUCUUCUAUCUAGGGUGUCUACGGUAGUGGUUUAUCUAUCUAGGGUGUCUACGGUAGUGGUUUAUCUAUCUAGGGUGUCUACGGUAGUGGUUUAUCUAUCAAGGGUGUCUACGGUAGUGGUUUAUCUAUCAAGGGUGUCUAUGGUAGUGGUUUAUCUAUCAAGGGUGUCUACGGUAGUGGUUUAUCUAUCUAGGGUGUCUACGGUAGUGGUUUAUCUAUCUAGGGUGUCUACGGUAGUGGUUUAUCUAUCUAGGGUGUCUACGGUAGUUGUUUAUCUAUCUAGGGUGUCUACGGUAGUGGUUUAUCUAUCUAGGGUGUCUACGGUAGUGGUUUAUCUAUCUAGGGUGUCUACGGUAGUGGUUUAUCUAUCAAGGGUGUCUACGGUAGUGGUUUAUCUACCUAGGGUGUCUACAGUAGUGUUUUAUCUAUCUAGGGUGUCUACGGUAGUGGUUUAUCUAUCUAGGGUGUCUACGGUAGUGGUUUAUCCAUCUAGGGUGUCUACGGUAGUGGUUUAUCUAUCAAGGGUGUCUACGGUAGUGGUUUAUCUAUCAAGGGUGUCUACGGUAGUGGUUUAUCUAUCUAGGGUGUCUACGGUAGUGGUUUAUCUAUCUAGGGUGUCUACGGUAGUGGUUUAUCUUUCUAGGGUGUCUACGGUAGUGGUUCAUCUAUCUAGGGUGUCUACGGUAGCAGUUCUUCUAUCUAGGGUGUCUACGGUAGCAGUUCUUCUAUCAAGGGUGUCUACGGUAGUGGUUUAUCUAUCAAGGGUGUCUACGGUAGUGGUUUAUCUAUCAAGGGUGUCUACGGUAGUGGUUUAUCUAUCUAGGGUGUCUACGGUAGUGGUUUAUCUAUCUAGGGUGUCUACGGUAGCAGUUCUUCUAUCUAGGGUGUCUACGGUAGCAGUUCUUCUAUCUAGGGUGUCUACGGUAGUGGUUUAUCUAUCAAGGGUGUCUACGGUAGUGGUUUAUCUAUCUAGGGUGUCUACGGUAGUGGUUUAUCUAUCAAGGGUGUCUGCGGUAGCAGUUCUUCUACUAGGGUGUCUACGGUAGUGGUUUAUCUAUCUAGGGUGUCUACGGUAGCAGUUCUUCUACUAGGGUGUCUACGGUAGUGGUUUAUCUAUCUAGGGUGUCUACGGUAGUUGUUUAUCUAUCAAGGGUGUCUACGGUAGUGGUUUAUCUAUCUAGGGUGCCUACGGUAGUGGUUCUUCUACUAGGGUGUCUACGGUAGUGGUUUAUCUAUCUAGGGUGUCUACGGUAGUUGUUUAUCUAUCAAGGGUGUCUACGGUAGUGGUUUAUCUAUCAAGGGUGUCUACGGUAGUGGUUUAUCUAUCUAGGGUGUCUUCGGUAGUGGUUUAUCUAUCUAGGGUGUCUACGGUAGUGGUUUAUCUAUCUAGGGUGUCUACGGUAGUUGUUUAUCUAUCUAGGGUGUAUACGGUAGUGUUUUAUCUAUCUAGGGUGUCUACGGUAGUGUUUUAUCUAUCUAGGGUGUCUACGGUAUUGGUUCAUCUAUCUUGCGUGUCUACGGUAGUGAUUUAUCUUAUUAUCUUCUCCUUAAGGUUGGUUAUCACUAGAACGCAAGCGAAGCGCACGUUAUUUUUCAAUUCUUACUGGAACACAAGUGCAAUCAAAUAAAAAAGAAUGCAGCUCAGCUUGCGAUUGUUUGUGCUUGCGUACUAGAACAAUUCGAGAACAAUUCGACAUCUUGGGAUAGCAAUUUGAUUUACGUUUAGUCUUAAAGUUACUUUUAGUUUUGAGUUUAGUAUUUAAGAUACUAUUUAGCGUAAAGAUCUUUGCUUUGUUUUUAAACUCUUUGAUUUGAACUUGCCAACUAACACCAGGUGAACAAUGCCUAAGAUAAUUACUCCAGGUUUCUUUUGUAAAAGAUAUCGAGGACCGAUGUUAUUUUGUGAAUUCGAAGAACAUUUGAAAUUUAAAAUGAC